GCGCGCACACAGCGGAUGCUCGUAGCAGCGCACACAGACAGUUUGCGGUGAGAGCAGCUGUCUGUCGCUCUGCCUGUCUGUCUGUCUCUGCGUCAGUGAGCCUGCGCGGCUCGAUGUGCGACAGCGGCAGGAGGAGGAAGACGGACAGACACUUCCCCCCUUGGCUGAAAGUCGGCCUGGAUGGCACCGAGGUCCCGCUGAACGCAGCCGGCAGCAGAGCACCCAAGUGGCGAGUUGGGGGGUGGGUGGGGGGCCUGUACGUGAAGCUCCGGGAGGUGGGCAUGGACGGGAAGGGGACCCUGAAGCUGUUCACCCGGAAGAAGCGGGAGCUCAUCAAGACGCCGUCCAUCUCGAAGAAGAGCCGAGCGGGAAGCCCCGGGCGCCAGAGCAGCGCACAGUCACUGUCAAUCCUCACGGAGCAGAGCCGGAAAGAUGCCGGCGACGUCAGCCUCUCCUCUUUCUCCUCGACCACUUCCUACUCUUCGACCCCCACUGCAGUCUCUGCCGGCCUCCUGGACCCCUUCGUGUCGUGCCCGGGGACUCCGAGCGCUCAGCACAGUAAGCUGAUGCAAGGGAUGGGCUGCCCGUCUCCGGUGACCACCCUGAAGAGGCCCACCGCUCUGAGCAGACACGCCAGCGCCGCAGGGUUCCCAUUGCAGUCAUGGGUGUUCACCAAGGGCCAUGGGAAAGGGGCCUUGACCCCAACUGCUUCGUCCGAGAGUCCAGAGAGCACGGCCAUUGAAGUUGAGGACAUCCCGGCCCUGCUGAGAGACGUGGCGCGCUUCGCUGAGGCUGUGGAGAAACUGAAGGAUGUGGUGCUGGCUGAAGGUAAAGAGAGUCAGCGGCCCGUGGCCCACGAGUGUUUGGGUGAGGUCCUGCGGGUGCUGCGUCAGGUUAUAAACACCUACCCUCUGUUGAACACAGUGGAGAUCCUCACUGCUGCCGGAAAGCUCAUAUCCAAGGUCAAAGGUUUCCACUAUGAGGCUUGUAACGAGGCCGACAAGAAGGACUUUGAAAAGGCCAUUGAAACCAUCGCAGUUGCUUUUAGCAGCAAUGUGUCUGAGCUGCUGAUGGGAGAGGUGGACAGCAGCACGCUGCUCUCCCUGCUGCCCACCGAGAAAAGCAGGUCGUUGGAGAACUUGUACAGUGCGACAGGCCAGGGAGCGGACGGCGGCCAGUUCAGGAGCGACCUGCAGGACAUGGGCCGAGUGGAGGAAGUGGAUGUGAUCCUCCAGCGCAGUGAGGGAGGAGUGGACUCAGCUCUGCUCUAUGCUAAAACCAUUUCCAAGUACAUGAAGGACCUGAUCAACUACGUGGAGAAGAGGAUUUCACUGGAGACUGAGUUCUCCAAAGGCCUGCAGAGAUUAUACCAGUCCUGCAAACACAGCAUAACGCAUCCCCACAUGCCGCUCUUCUCCAUCUACUCUCUGGCUCUGGAGCAGGACCAGGAGCAGGGUGUGGGUCUGCAGCAGGCCAACAGCACCCUGUACAACCAGACCUUCAUACAGCCUCUGCUGCAGCGGAAACAGGAGCACGAAAAGAGACGGAAGGAUAUCAAGGAACACUGGAUUCGGGCAAAGAGAAAACUGAUGGAGUGUGAGGCGAACCUGCGGAAGGCCAAGCAGGCCUACAUGGCUCGCUGUGAGGAGUACGACAAGGCCAAAACUGCAGCCUGCCGAGCCGAGGAGGAGGGAGGAGGAUCGACGGCAAAGUCUGUGGAGAAGAAGAAACGAUUGGAGGAGGAGGCUCGCAACAAGUCCGACGAAGCGGAGGCCACCUACCGGACAUGUAUCGCAGACGCCACCGCUCAGCAGCUGGAUCUGGAGCACUCAAAGGUCACGGUGCUGAGGCAGCUGCAGGACGUCGUCAAACAGAGCGACCAGACACUCCGCUCGGCGACCAUCUCCUACUACCAGCUCAUGCACAUGCAGACUGUGGCUCUGCCUGUCCACUACCAGACCCUGUGUGAGAGCAGUAAGCUGUACGACCCAGGACAGCAGUACGCCGCCCACGUGCGAGACCUGCAGCUACCAGAGCAGCCGAACGUCAACUACACAUUUGAGGCCUACUCCCCGUCCAGCUCCUCGUCACACCACGGCCACAGACUAAGGAACGACAGUUUCAACACAGAGCAGUCGAGCCACACAGACAGUCCUGCUGCCUGCGCGGAUACAGCAGCUGCUGAUAAAGAGGCAGAGGCUCAACGCAAGAGACAAGGCCACAAGUCGUGGGGCUCGACGGUGAGCGAUGACAGCGUUGGAGGAGAUGGAGGCCUCGAGUCUCCCACUGUCAGCACAAGUGACAUCAGUAAAAUUGUUCGCACAUCAUCCACUGGAACAAUGUCGUCCAAUGAAGAUGUAGAUGAGAAAGACGGGAAUGUAGCUUCAUUCGAAACUCCAAAUAUUAAUGGCAUGGAUCCUGAUGUGGUGGUGUCCACCAGACCUUUCCGUAACAUCGGCCUGUCCAAAGCAGCCCGGACCCACCGACUGAGGAAGCUGCGGACCCCCUCCAAGUGCCGCGAGUGUGACAGCUAUGUUUACUUUCAGGGGGCUGAGUGCGAGGAGUGUUUCCUGGCUUGUCACAAGCGCUGUCUGGAGACUCUGGCCAUCCAGUGUGGCCACAAGAAGCUCCAGGGCCGUCUGCAGCUGUUCGGCAGGGAGUUCUCUCAGGUGGCCAGCUGUGCCAGUGACGGGAUCCCCUUCAUCAUCACCAAGUGCAUCUCUGAGAUCGAGAGACGGGCACUCAAGAUGAAGGGCAUCUACAGGGUGAACGGGGUGAAGACUCGAGUGGAGAAACUGUGUCAGGCCUUUGAGAAUGGCAAGGAGCUGGUGGAGCUGUCCCAGUGUUCCCCACACGACAUCAGCAACGUUCUCAAGCUUUACCUCCGACAGCUACCAGAGCCCAUCAUGCUGUUCCGCCUCUACAACAGCCUGAUGGGUUUGGCCAAAGAGAGUCUGCAGAGUGAAAGUGAGACACCUGAAAGAGAGGAGGCCGAGCCGAGCAGUGUUAACUCAGCAGGGGGUCGGGGGCCCGAGCUGGUGGAUCUGGGGCCUGACACUAAUCCAGACAUCCUGGUGCUGGUGGACAAGCUGAAAGAGCUUCUAAAGGAGCUGCCCAAGGCUAACAUCGCUACACUGCGAUACAUCAUCCGCCACCUCAGAAGGAUCGCAGAGCUGGAGGAGGAUAACAAGAUGAGUCCCAGUAACCUGGGGAUCGUGUUUGGCCCCUCCCUGAUGCGGCCCCGUCCGACCGGCGCCACGAUAUCCCUGUCGUCUCUGGUUGAUUACCCCCAUCAGGCCCGCAUCAUAGAAGCCCUCAUAGUCUUCUAUUCAUCCAUCUUCCACUCCAAAACCUCUCAGUUGCAAAAAAACUGUCGCUCUGACUCCGACGCCACUCAGCAGGGUGCGGUUGCCAAUGAGGAGCUGGUGAGUCCUGGUGAUGGAGAGGAGGAUGGAGGCACAGAGAGUAAACCAGACUCUGACAAGACGGAGGAGGGAUGUGAGAGUUCUUUGGGCUCCAGUGAGCAGCUCCCCGACUCUGACUUCGAGCCGGAUGAAAGCGAGCAGAGGGCCGCACACCCACACUGCCUGAUAAAGCAGGAGAGCGAGGUGAGCGUGGACGACGACCAGCUGAGCUACAGGGACAGCCUGGACCUGUCCAGCCAGUCUGCAACCAACACCGACCCAGAGCAGGAAGUGGAUAAAGACCAAGAAAACCCAGCAGGUAUAGAGCCCCCUGCUCUGCCAGAGAGCGGGCCCCCUGAUGAAGACACUGGGGCGGAGCAGACCCUGAGCACCUCCCUGGCCGAGCUCAAUGUGAAUCAGUCCAACAACAACUACCCAUAUUCCCCUAUUUUAAGCAUGUCAGGGCUUGGGCUGGCGCGUCUGUGUGGAAAGAAAUUACCCUUAACUAGGAACAGGGACAGUAGCCCAGAGUUUGUCUGAUACCAUAGUGUAAAAUCUGAUAAGGUCCAGUGACCGGAAUCAGUUUUUUGUGCUUUAAAAUCCAGGGAAACUUCAAACUGAGCGUUCUUUUAUAGUGAACAUCAAAUUUCAUUUUAACCUGUGCAGAUGUUUUUUGUAGCUGUACCGAUUUAUCCUCUGCACGCUUACUGCUGUUAUAAGCAAUUGUUCCUGUCAUUUCAAGAGUUUUGACUCCAAUGAUUUAAAAAUGUUUUCUUUUGUCUGUUUUCCAUUUUUAAGUGUUAUCCUCAUUGCUCUUACAAUCCUGAGGAAAAGUGAGAUGAGUCAUGUCAGAAUGUGUACAAUGCAGAUUUUUUUAAAAAGUAAAUUCCCUUUCAAGUGCUGCAGGUUCCUUUUCAGCACUAAAUUAAAAAAAAUUUAUGUAAUAGUUUCUUAUAAAUGUUGCCUGUAUUACCUUCAUGGCUGUUUGGUCUAUUUUAAUAAAAAUCUUAUUUUACAUUU